AUGGAUAUAUUGAAGGGCUGCAGAAAUGUCACUGUACUCAUUCUUUCAACCACUUUUAUAGGUGAAGAAAUUCCAGAUGGUGAUCACAUGGCUGAUUUUGAUGGAUUCCAAAAUCUUAGGAUUUUGGCUUUGCGUGGUUGUGAGCUCACCGGUCAGAUACCUAUAUGGUUGUCUAAGCUCAAGAAGCUAGAGAUCUUGGAUAUGUCACUUAAUAGAAUCACAGGCUCAGUUCCUACUUGGUUGGGGACUUCUCCAACACUUUCUUCUAUAAACUUGGGGUCCAACCUAAUCUCAGGUCAAAUUCCAAAAGAACUUUGCACACUACCAAUGUUGGUAUCUGAACAAGCUGCAGCUCAACUAGAUCAUGGUUAUCUUGAAUUGCCUUUCUACGCCUCCCAAGCCAUGCCUGCUGCAAGCAUUUUACAGUUCAAUUCUUUGUCUUUCUAUCCACCAUCUAUAUUGUUAGGCAACAAUAGCAUCAGUGGCAAUAUACCUACUGAAAUCGGGAAGUUGCAACUUCUCCAUAUAUUGGAUCUCAGCGCCAACCAGGUGUCCGGCAACAUUCCAGACCAAAUAUCGAAUCUCAACAACUUGGAGACUCUGGAUCUUUCAAUGAAUCAUUUGUCAGGAGAAAUCCCAGCUUCAUUGGCGCUUCUUAGUUUCUUGUCAUCUUUAAAUGUCUCAUACAAUAAUUUGGAAGGAGAAAUACCAAAAAGCACUCAGCUCCGAGGAUUGAAUGUCUCAGCAUUUGAGGGGAAUCCGAAGCUUUGUGGUUCCCCGCUUCUAAAUCUGUGUCAACCAUUCAAUGGUACUGAUUCAGAUGAUGAUACUAAUGACGGGAAUCAAAUUCUAGGCUUGCAUAUUUGUGCUUGGCUUCACUAUAGGGUUAGUGGGAGUUUGUGGGUCAUUAGUGCUUAUCAAGACCUGGAGAGAUGCAUAUUUCAAAUUCCUGAAUACUGUACAAGAUAG